AUGACUUCUAAUGAAUUUGAUUCUGGUCCAAAUCCCGCUGAUACAAGUGCCGUGACAUUAGUUCAAGAUUUAGAAGUAUUAUGUAAACGAUGUUAUUAUUUACAAAAAUCUAAUUCAGAAAUGUACGAUUAUUUGGCUAAAGGUGAUCAAGAAUUACUCUCUUAUAUUGGAGAAAAUGAUAAAAUAUUACUCAAAUAUAAAAAGAAAAUAAAAGAUAUUUUAGAUUUUUUAAAAGAAAAUUAUCAAAAUUAUCAUUUACCAAUGAAUAUAACCGAUCUUAUUCAGCAAGAAGAACAUGAAAAACAAGUGUGUGAUGAAAAGAAAAAGAAAAUGAUGUCGGAAACUAUUUAUGCUGAAAAACAAGAAGAGGGUAUUUUCUUAUAG